CGCAACAUUGUCUCUCCAAGUAAUCUGCCUCUCCAGCGUGGCACUGUCUUUGAUGAAGAGUGAAGGAAAGCCGGAUGAAACAUUGAUCUCUUUAACCAAACGGAAACAGUGAAAACUUCUACGGUAUCGGCUUGUGGAUUUACAGAUUUGUUUGGUGAUAAAACCGUGGGAUUUUGGUUCAUUUCUGAGCGGGCCCGGAUACAGCUUGGUUGCGAUAGUGAGACUCAACUCAGGUCCUUUCGUCCUGACAUGGACACAGGAAUUGUACCCGAAAAAAAGAGAGUGAGCUCUGAGCGGAGGAAGGAGAAGUCAAGGGAUGCAGCAAGAUGCCGCCGUGGGAAGGAGUCUGAGGUGUUUUACGAGCUGGCCCAGCAGCUGCCCCUGCCCCACAGCGUCAGCUCCAGCCUGGACAAGGCCUCCAUCAUGAGACUGACCAUCAGCUACCUUCGCAUGAGGAAACUGCUCACCACCGAUGAACCAAUGGCAGUGGAGGAAUCAGAGCUGGAUGUCCAGCUAAACAGCUCAUAUCUGAAGGCCCUGGAGGGUUUUCUCAUGGUGCUAUCUGAAGAUGGAGAUAUGAUAUAUCUCUCUGAGAAUGUGAACAAGUGCCUCGGGCUGGCACAGUUUGACCUGACAGGACACAGUGUGUUUGACUUCACACACCCAUGUGACCAGGAGGAGCUGAGGGAGAUGCUGGUCCACAGAACAGGCUCCAAAAAGACCAAGGAGAUAAACACAGAGCGCAGCUUCUUCCUCCGAAUGAAAUGUACUCUCACAAGCCGGGGCCGCACGGUCAAUGUCAAGUCAGCCACAUGGAAGGUGCUACACUGCUCCGGUCAUGUCCGUGUAUUUGAGAACGCCUGUGAGGAGACUCCAGAUGGGCCAAAGGAGCCGCCGGUCCCCUAUCUGGUUUUGAUCUGUGACCCUAUCCCUCACCCGUCCAACAUUGAGGUUCCUCUGGACACCAAGACCUUUUUGAGCCGCCACACAAUGGACAUGAAGUUCACGUACUGCGAUGAAAGGAUCACUGAACUCAUGGGAUAUGAUCCUGAGGACCUGUUGAAUCGCUCUGUGUAUGAGUACUAUCACGCUUUGGACUCAGACCAUCUUACCAAGACUCACCACAACUUGUUUGCAAAAGGCCAGGUCAGCACAGGACAGUACCGGAUGUUGGCCAAGAAAGGAGGCUUCGUGUGGGUGGAAACACAAGCUACUGUCAUCUAUAACAACAAGAACUCUCAGCCACAGUGUGUUGUCUGUGUCAACUUUGUGCUCAGUGGCAUCCAGGAUGAGAAACUGAUCUUAUCCCUGGAGCAGACUGAGGACAUGAAGCCAGUGAAGGUGGAGCAACGGGAGGAAGAGGAGGAGGAGGUGGAGGAAAAGGUUGUAAUAGAGAGCAGCCCACCUGAUAUGUCUCCGACUCUGCUGAAGGAGGAGGAGAAGGUCCCAGAGCUGGACGUGAUCAAACUGUUCACUCAGGCGGUGGAGACCCAGCCACUGACCAGCCUGUACGACCAGCUGAAGGAGGAGCCCGAGGCCCUCACCCUGCUGGCCCCCGCCGCCGGAGACACUAUCAUCUCCCUGGACUUCAGCUGCCCUGAUUCUGAUAUUCAACUGCUGAAAGACGUCCCCCUCUACAACGACGUGAUGCUUCCCUCCACCAGUGACAAACUGGCUCUGCCUCUUUCUCCUCUGCCACCCAGCGAGCCUCUCCAUGUCACCUCCACCACCUCUGAGACUGAAAAGGCUGAGAGCUACACUCCAGCCCCAUCCACUACAGCAAGCAGCAACAACCCCACAGAGACUGAUAGUCCACUGGACUUUUGCUUCCCCAUGGAUUCAGAUAUGAACUCAGAUUUCAAACUAGACUUGGUGGAGAAGUUAUUUGCCAUUGAUACUCAACCCAAGACUCUCUUCACCACACAGGUGAUGGAAGACCUAGAUCUAGAGAUGUUGGCUCCGUACAUCCCAAUGGAUGACGACUUCCAGCUCCACAGUCUGACCCUAGCCGAGCCUCUGCCUUGUGCACCAGUCAAAUCUCUGGAGAGCUCCCCUGUCCACAUCACACAGGAAGUUCGCAGCUUUCCCAGCUCCCCCUUCAGCUCAGGAGACAGCCGCACGGCCUCUCCCGCGCCACCGGAAACUGUAACUGGCCCUCAUCCCACCACCAUCCUUUCAAAGAGGACCCCACAGUUGGACAAGGAAUCUUUACUCCGGACGCUGGCAGCUCAAAAUGCACAGCGUAAAAGGAAACUGGGAGAAAUAAAAGAAAUAAAUGUACAAGGAGCUUUGCCUCCUGAACCGCUGAAAAAAUUGAAGCCGUCAGAAUCUGCAACAACUGAAGGAGUCACCCACAGGACCAUAAUUCUGCUGCCUUCAGAUCUGGCCAGUCGCUUGCUGGGAAGCACAUCGGAGGGCACCAGUUCCCCCUUCACCCUGCCUCAGCUGACCCGUUACGACUGCGAGGUCAACGCUCCAUUGCAGGGCCGUCAGUACCUGCUGCAGGGGGAGGAGCUGCUGCGCGCUCUUGACCAUGUUAACUGAGUCAACGCUUAGCCCGCUCACUGCUGGACUAGACUGGACACUACAGUUUCUCCCGCCCCUCACACUGUCACUGUCUCUCUGAAGACCCCCCUCCCCACCCCCUCCUCACCCCACUGCCCCUUAUUUAUGUAUCUGUAUGAGUUUGAUUAUAGUUUGGCUGCUGUUUGUGCACAUCAUGUGAUAUCUGCAGCAUUCCACCGUGACAAACACCAUAGCAGCAUCUGGGUUUUGGUGCAAGGGAUUCAGGCAUCAUGAGAUGUCCAAUUAUUGUUUUUUGUUUUGUUCUUCUCUCUUCUGGGGAGUCUCUCAGCACACGGCGCCUCGACAGAUGACCGAUUUCCAGCAGGUCACCACAGAGCCUGGUGCUACUGCCAGCAGUGUAUUGUAAGCUUCAGUCGCACAAUUUAUAUUUUCUUAAAAAGAAAAAUAUUACCAGCAAUAUAUAUUAAGCCUUUUUAAAGUAGUUUUAAUGGGAUUUGAACAAUGUUAUUUUUCCUCCCAUACUUGUAUGUUGUAGUACUCGUACCUAACAAGAUGUCUUUAGUCCAGAAGUAUGAACAUAUUGUUUAAACCUAAAAUGGUUUGAAUGUUCUAUCCAUUUAAUAGCCGUCAGUCUUUGAGGUAAAUACAUUUAAUUGUGUAGCAGUCCAGUACAUGUCACUUAAUUACUUUACUGUAAGUGUGUGUUACUGUACAUAUACCAGGGAAAUUAAUUUACUCAUUUUAGCUUCACCGCUUUCUUACUCUCAACAUGAAAUCAGAGAGUAUGCACCUUUUGUUCUGCUUCUCAUCUUAGAGAAUUGGCAAUUUAACGUAACGUGAACUUUUCUUUUUCUGGUUUUUACUGUGCGUGGCAUACUCAAAACUGUCAAAAUAAGUGGCAUCUCAACAAUUCAUAUUUUUCAUUUACUUGUGUAAUGAUUGUCAUCGUAGUAGCAGUUCUGAGUUGUCUAACUUGUUUGCUCAGUUAAUGGUAGUCAUUUUAACACCAGUGAUCCAUGCCCUAUUGUUGGGUUGCUCAUGCUUCUUGUUGCAGUCUAACAUUAAAAGGCUAUAUUAAAAUUUUUUGCAGUU